AUGGAUCCGGCAGACAUCUUUCGACAAGGCUUCAGCCAUGUCGCACCACGCCAAAAUCCUGUUUUCAUGGGCCAUCCUCAGCAUCACAUGGCUCAAUACCAACCGCAAAUGCAACAGCAGACAUUUAGAAAACCGAUGCAGCAGGCCGACGAAACUUCAGAUGGAGACGGUUCGGCCCACCGCAUUGCCCACACUUUAACAGCCUGCUGCCGUUGCCGACAGAGAAAAACACGAUGCGAUCCUACCUUGCCCCGUUGUCUGCCGUGUGAAAGAUCAGGGUCUACAUGCGAAUAUUUAGAUGCAGCCAAAGGUCGCAAGAUCAAUCGUCAGUAUGUUAUCAAGCUGCAGGACAAAGUUAGGCAGCUCGAAGCGGAGCUCAGUCAGUUCACGGACGAUGAGAAUGACUACCCCAAGAGUAACGAGGAUAUGGUACGACCCGGCGGGUUGGUUCGCCUUAAUGGCGGUGACGAAACCCAUCGGUAUCUGGGGCCCAGUAGCGGAAUUGCCAUGACUCGUCUUGUCAUGGAGCAAGCGAAGCGAUACACAGAUUCAAAGCGCAUCUCCGAUCUUAUUCCCAGUGUUCGUACCAGGCAGGCUCGCAUGCAGUCCAUCCAGGUGACUGGACCUGCGGCUAGGCGAAAGAGCUAUCCAAUGGUCAGCGAGCACCCAGCGGAAAGCCUGCCAACAAGAGCUGUGGCGGACAAGUUAUUAGAAAUAUUUAACCAAAAAGCUCAAGUCUUCUGGCCUGUUUUGCACGAAAAAGACCUUUUGCAGGAUCUUGACGCUGUCUACGAUGGCGACAACGACCCAUACCGACUCUUUGUCGUCAGAAUGCUUGUAGCCAUUAGCUUACAAAAGUUAGACACGCAAUAUGCUGGCCUAGCAGACAGUUACUAUUUGGCGGCGAUGAAAUUACUGGAAGAUGUCGUCCGCCAGAAAGACCUCAAGACGCUACAGUGCCUUGUACUCCUCGGGCAAUACUCGCUUCUCACUCCCACGAGGAUGCCAACUUACUACGUAAUUGGUCUGGCGGCCAGGAUAUGCCAACAGGAAGGCCUGGCCAGUGAGAAGACCAUAUCAAGUGGCUACAACUCGGAUCCCAAAACAAUCGAUAUGCGACGACGAAUUAUCUGGACUGUGGCCGCCAUGGAAUACGGGUUGGCGCAUAGCAUGGGAAGACCCAACAACUUUGCGACAGGGGACGAUCGAUUGGACGUCGAAUUCUUCGAAUCUGUCGAUGACGAGAAUAUUACUGACCAGGGCAUCCAGCCCGGCCCACCCAGCGAACGCAAACUUGUUGCCAUUCACUUUUACAAGAUGAGAAUGUAUCAAGCAGAAAUUCGAAGAGUGCUGUAUGAGAAGAAGAAGGACGAGCCAAAGAACGACAGCCAUCCAUGGUACGCAAGAGUUGAGAGCAUGAACAAGGAAUGGCUGGAUGCAUCGCCCACAAAGCCUGACUGGUGCAAGCCUUGGUUCACUGGCCGGUAUCACCAAAUGAGGAUUUUCAUGUACAGGCCCUCUCCUCAAGUGCCAAAGCCAUCACCUCGCGCCGCUGCAAUUUGUUUCGAGAGCUCAGCAUACAUCAUGCAGUUGAACUCCAAACAGAUGGAUAGCGGUGCAGAUAUCACGUGGGUUUUCCUCUUGACUGUGAAUAUGUCUCUCAACACACUCCUAUGGGCCGUCUCAUAUCCCGAGGUACGACAAGCCCAUCCUCGAAGCGAGGUUGAGAGCCUCAUCAAUACUUCCUUGGAUGUUUUGGAACGCUGUGCAGAACGAUGGCCAGGAUCUGCAUCAGCCUCACAACUUUACGCCAUCUUCUCCAAAGCGUGCUUGCAGGGCUACGAUGAACGACCCAUGACCGGGCAGACAACGAACUUCUUCAACACGCCCCCAUCCUUUGCAGACCCCAACUCCCCAGAAGCUUUCCAGAACAAUGUUCAGCAAGCUUCUUAUCAGAACGCACCCCAGUUCAACCAGAUCUUCAACUCAACGCCGGAGGCCAUGAACGCCUACGCUUUCGACCCCAACUUUCCUCCGCCUCAGCCUAGCUUCAGGUCCAACUCCAUCUUUUUCAACCCUGCUAGCAAUGAACCCACAGGUCGGAGAUUCUCGUAUUUCCCCCCAGACUUCAUGCAACCUGGUGAAACUAUGAUGGACGACCCGACACCGCCAGCCACUACAACACCCGAGCAGCAUAUGACUUCGCCUCCAGAUCAUCUUUCCGAGCAGCUUCCGACGCCUCCAGAUUCCGUCCCCACUGGCAAUAUGGCGACACCAACACCUAGCAAUACAUUGUCGCCUCAAAACACUAUAACGACCCAUCCGACGCCAAUCAUGCAAAAUGCGUCGCCGAUUGGGAUGGUACCUGUGCAGAACGGCAUGUCACCACCCAUUAAGAUCGAGCCAUCUCAACAAGGUCCUAUGUUUGCUGUACCACCAAACCCCCACUCUGUUCCUCAACAACGGCCUCUGCCUGCACUAAGCAAUACCACCAAUUGGUUCUCGCCUCCUGCGCCGUUCAUCAACCCGUAUACAUUCAGCAACAUGAGCAAUAGCUUCUUCAACGAUUCUUUAGCUCACCCUGGGAAUUACGGCGACAUGUCAAACUCUGGCCUCGGACUGCAGAAUGUUAAUGGUGGAAAUGCUGCGGUUCCUCAAUUCGACUACGGCUUUGCUCGCCACGGUAGUCUCACGCAAUCUCAGCAACUCGAACUUAUGAAUGUUCUGGAGACGGAGGGUAUGGGCGACAUCGAUGCUUUCCUGAAUGGAGGGACGGUGCCGACUAACAGAUGGUACUGA